AUGACUCGUGUCAGCGUCCAAGUCGGAGGUAAAUGGGUGCAGGUGAUGAUGGAUCCCAACGCCAGCGUGGCCCAGGUAGGACAGAGCGCCAUCGCCCUCAGUGGACGCCCCACGCAGUUAAAGUUCCAAAUGAGACGCUGUUCUGAUGGCGCACCCUUGGGUCUGGACAAGCCGACCAAAACAGUUCUGCGCAAUAACGAUUUCGUUGACCUCGUGAUGGAGGGAGAGAACUGGUCGCUCCCAGCUGUUCCAGUGUUCGCUGAUGCACAAAGAUCCUGGGUGGAGCCAACUGAGUACCUCUCUAUGGAUGGGGAAAGUCUGACCACGGAGGACCUGGUGAGGCUGAGCAAAGGAAAUCUGAAGAUCAAGCUUACAAAAGAGGCUGAGAAGAAAGUCUGUGACGCUAGGGACGUCAUCGAUCUGAUCAUCAAGGAGGGCCGAGUUGUGUAUGGAAUAAACACUGGCUUUGGGAGGUUUGCUGACACGGCCGUCUCACCCGAUGACCUCAAGAAGCUGCAGGACUACGUGGUCCGGUCAAGUAGUGCUGGUGUUGGUAACCCCCUGACUCCUGAGAGAACCCGGAUGCUUCUGGCUCUCCGCAUCAACGUGCUGGCCAAAGGCUACAGUGGCAUUUCUAUGGAAACACUCAACGGAAUCAUAGACGCGUUCAAUGCGUCGUGCCUGUCGUGGGUCCCUGAGCAGGGCACGGUGGGGGCGUGUGGUGACCUGGCUCCUCUGGCUCACCUCUGCCAGGGGCUGAUGGGAGAAGGACUCAUGUGGUCCCCACAGAGCGGAUGGGCACCCGCCAAAGAUGUGUUGCAAGGCCAUGGCCUGAAGCCGAUCCUCCUGAAACCGAAAGAGGGACUGGCUCUCAUCAACGGUACCCAGAUGAUCUCCAGCCUGGGAGCGGAGGCGCUGGAGAGAGCUCAGGCCAUCGCACGCCAGGCCGACAUCAUCGCCGCCCUCACCCUCGAGGCACUCAAGGGCACCAGCAAAGCCUUCGACAAAGAUAUCCAUUUUGUGAAGCCUCAGCCUGGUCAGAUGGAGGCGGCUUUCCGCUUGCGCUCUGUGACACAUUCUAGCGUACAUCCCUCUGGAAUUACAGGUUCUUAUGAGCGCGUGCAGGAUGCCUACACAUUGCGCUGCUCUCCUCAGGUUCAUGGGAUUGCCAAUGACACCAUUGCGUUUGUGAAGAACAUCAUCACCACUGAGCUCAACAGUGCUACAGACAAUCCACUGGUGUUUGCUGAGCGUGGAAUCACUAUUUCUGGAGGAAACUUUCAUGGGGAAUAUCCAGCAAAGGCUCUGGACUUCCUGGCCAUAGGGGUGCAUGAGUUGGCCAGCAUCAGUGAGCGCCGCAUCGAGAGGCUCUGCAACCCCAGCCUGAGCCAGCUGCCCGCUUUCCUGGUGAAAGACGGAGGGCUCAACUGUGGAUUUAUGGUGGCACACUGCACUGCCGCUGCCCUAGUGUCGGAGAACAAGGUGCUGUGCCACCCCUCGUCUGUGGACUCCCUGUCCACCAGUGCAGCCACUGAGGACCACGUGUCCAUGGGGGGAUGGGCAGCACGCAAGGCCCUCAGAGUGGUGGAGCACGUGGAGCAAGUGUUGGCCAUUGAGCUGCUGGCUGCCUGCCAGGGUCUGGAGUUCCACCGGCCUCUGAAGACCACGGCUCCCCUGGAACAGGUGCACAAGCUGGUGCGCUCCGUCGUCAGGCCAUGGGACAAGGACCGCGCCAUGAGCCCUGACAUCGAGGCCGCACACAAGCUCCUGAGGGAGGAGAAGGUCUGGGAAGUUGUUAGGCCUUUCGUGGAGCAGUACGCACUUACAGAAAAAAAGUAA